AUGGCGCUGACGUCACUUCCGGGACGCGCUUUGACGAGGAUGAACACCGCGUCGAUGACGACGCGCGCGCGCCUCUCGCGCGCUCGCGCGCCGACGAAGCGCUCGAGCGAUGGAUCGUCGUCGUCGUCCGCGCCGACGCGUGGUCGAUGCGACGCGCGCGGGGCGCACGGCGCGAGAAGGGCGCGACUCGGGUCGUUGGCGCGAUCGAUGCGGCCGAGUGCCGACGACGCGCUCGGCGUGACGCGUCGGGCGGUGACGACGGCACCGCUCGCGCUCGCGAUGAUGCUCGCGUUGACGCCGAGCGCGCGGGCGAAGGAAGACGGCGGGUGCGAGACGUGCUCGGACUCCAACAGCGCUCUGGCGGAGGGGGACGCGCGCUUCGUGAGCACGGAGAGCGGCUUGCGGUUCUUGGAUUUGAAGGUGGGCGAGGGCGCGGAGGCGCGGUUGGGGAAGCGCGUGGUGUGUGAUUGGGUCGGCUACACCGCGGGGUAUCAGGCGAAGAAGAUCGAGAGCACGAGAGAGACGGACGAGCCGUUUGUUUUCACGCUCGGCGCCGGCGAAGCGAUUCCGGCUUUCGAGGAAGCGGUUCAGGGCAUGCGCGUCGGCGGCGUGCGAAGGAUCGAGAUCCCGGGUGAAUUGGAGGAAAAGCUCGGAUAUUCGCGAGAUAAGUCGCAGCGAUAUAGCGUCGGGCCGAAGCCGUCGAGCUUUGGCGGUCAGCGCGCGUUGGAUUUUGUGUUGGACAACCAGACGUUGCGAGACUUCAACCGCACGCUUUUGUUUGACGUUAGACUGUCCGCGAUACGAUGA